AUGUCCACCAACGAAGUCUCCAAGAUUGAGGCAGGCAACCUCUUCAAUGUCAAUGGCCUCGUCGCUGUCAUUACCGGAGGCGGAUCAGGACUCGGCAGAAUGAUGGCGCGAGCUUUGGCAGUCAAUGGAGCGUCCAAGGUGUUUAUCAUUGGCCGCCGGGAGGACUCCCUCAAAGAGACGGCGAAGUCAGUGCCUGGUGAUAACAUUAUCACCAUCGUUGGUGAUGUCACUUCGAAGGAGUCCUUAGUGAAAGCCGUCGAGGCCGUCAAAAUUCAUACCGACACGAUCGAUCUUCUUGUCGCCAAUUCUGGGAUCAGCGGGCCAUCGGUCGCCACAGUCGAUGCCAAUCAACAACCACUCCCGUUUGAGCAGCUGGCAAAGAACAUGUGGGCUCCAGACUUCGAUGCGGUCACAUCGACAUUUGCUGUCAACCUUACUGGCGUCCACUUCACCGUCGCUGCAUUCCUACCCCUCUUGCACGAGGCCAACAAGAAACGACCAACGCCGGCUGCAGACAACUUCCGACCGCGACCACAGAUCAUCACCACUGCUUCGGUCGGAGGCUACAAUCGAAGGCCAUUAGGGAAUUACUCAUAUGGACCCAGCAAGAGUGGGGUUCUGCACUACACCAAACAACUCGCCACUUCGCUCGUCCCUUACGAUAUCAGGGCGAAUGUGAUAGCACCUGGACUAUAUCUUUCAGAGAUGACCCAAGGACUGUAUGCUGCGCAAGGGAAGGUCGAAACCCACAAUAUCGAAGGCACAUUCGCCAAGGACUAUAUCCCAGCUACACGCAGCGGUGAUGAACAGGACAUGGCCGGGGUCAUUCUAUGGCUCACCUCACGAGCAGGUGCCUAUAUCAACGGCUGCGUCGCGGUCACAGAUGGAGGUCGGCUUUCAGUCCUUCCCAAUUCCUACUAA